AGGCGGUUAUGUUUAAGCAUUUGCGAAAAUCAAAAAGUUUCAAUCUGCCCGCCUCUCCUCUCUCUCUCUCACUCAGAGCAGACUCAAACUUCCAGUUAAUUUUCCGGCGAUCAAGGAGUUAGGGAUCUCGCAAUUCAACCCGCGAGAGCUUUGAUUCGAGGAAAGAUGAGCGAAUACAGAAGCUUCGGCAGUAACUAUCACCCAUCAAGUCAAUCUCGAAAGAUGUCUAUUGGAGUUAUGGCCGACUCACAACCCAAGAGAAACCCCCCUUGUCCAGAUAAGGUUGUUGGAGAUGCUAUUGGUAGAGCUGAAGAGUUGAAAGCAACCACAGUAGCCGAUUUUCAGCCGAGCAACAAGGUUAAAGGUGAUUUAUCUGCAAACCAGAGGAGUUCUGCCAAGGGCACUGAGCAUGCGACUUCACCUUGGAGGUCUCCCAGAUCUUCUUAUCGGAAAUUGGGCACUCUGGAGAAUGUUCUUUGUAGGCAAACGUCUAGCUUGUCUGGUAGCAAAGGAUUAAACAAGGGACCAAAUGGAGCACAUCAGGCACCAGCUCGUGACUCAUUUCAAGACAUUCCUAUCUCUAGUCCUCUGCGCAGUGAUGAUGAGCUGAUCAGUGGCAGGAACGGUAAAGACAUGGAUAAGAGUCCAGAGAGGAUGGAAGAACCUCCAUCUGCAGUCUUUCCGCAAAAGGUUGCGUCACAGAGAGAAGCGAAGGCUAAAGAUGGAAGUACUGAUGUUUUGAGAUCAAAACUGUGGGAAAUAUUGGGGAAAGCUUCACCGGUAAAUAACGAAGAUGUCAACUCUGAGACCCCAGAAGUGGUCAAGACCAACUCCAAGUUGAAUCAAGACAAGAGUUCAAACGAUGAUCCUCUUACUAGGCCUAGACACCUCUCAGAUACUAUUGAAACUGAUUCUGAAAGCCCUGAAGCUGCAACCAGAAGGCCGGUAACAAGAUCUUUGAUGCAGAGGAGGGUAGGAGCCAAAGGUAUUCAAAAGAGAACCAAAACUGGUGUCAACUUAGGUGGCAAAAUCACUGAAGAAGUGAACAAUGUAUUCACCUUUGAAGAAGGUUUGCGCGGGGAUAAUGGCACCGCCAUGAACUCCACUGUUAUGCCGAAGAAACAAAGGGGUAGGAAGAAAAAUUCUGUUGUAAAAUGUCGCAAGGUUCAGUCCCGUGGAAAGGAUGAAGCUGAUGGGAUUCUGAAGGAGACGAGCAAGAGUAAAACUCCAGCACGUUCUGAGAGUACCAGAACUGGCAAAAGGUCUUCAUUAUCUGACAAAAAAGGAAGUUCCCUUGAGUUUAAUCAACAUACCAAAGCUCAGAAACAGAAACCAGAUGUUAGCACAAGGGACGAAGAUUUUCAGCCAUCAUCAGAGGCAGCUACGCCAGAGAUGUUCCGUGGACUAUUUAAAAAUGGCGAUGAACAGGAAAGGCCGAGUGAAGUUCUCAAGGAAAAGUCUGUUGAGCCAGAAAAUGACUUCCAGAGUCCAACGUUCGGCUAUAAAGCACCAAUCUUAAGUCCUUCCCCCUGUUUAUCUCCUGAAGCAUCUCCGUUGUAUCCCAGGAAUAUUAGUCCCGCUUUUGAUGAGACUGAAGCAACAAUAUUUAGCUUCGGUACUAAGAAAAACCCCCAAGAGACAAAAGGCCAAGCGUCAGAUAAGAGAUUGCAUGACUUCUUGGAGAAGAAAGGAGGUUAUUCUUUCGGCAGAGAGAGUUCUGCCGAGCCAGAUGAAGAUUUAGUUCUAUCAGAUCCAUCGUCUGAUGAGAAAGAUUCAGAUGGAUCAAGAGAAGACUCACCCGCAUUGGGCCACUACAACAGUCCCCAAGUAAGAGAAACUGCUAACGGGAGUAAUAAGAAAUCUAAGCCAGGCUUUAGCUCAGCUAAACGGAACUCGAACCUUAAGGGCAAUGGACGUGUCGUGUCGAGUCCUAUCUCGUCUUUGUCCGAAGGGAUGCAUAAAACUGAUUCCUUCAAGCGGUUUUCAGAGGCGGAGGAAGAUGAAGGCUUGGGAAGGGCUGUUGCAUUGUUUGCUGUGGCGCUUCAAAACUUUGAGAAAAAGCUAAAAUCUGCAGCUAGAAAGAAGUCUUCAGAAAUCAUAGCAUCAGUCUCCGAGGAGAUACAUUUGGAGUUGGAGAAUGUCAAGUCUCACAUCAUAACAGAAGCGGAAAAGACGAGUAACGUAGCCAAAACUAAGAGAAAGCAUGCGGAAACAAGAUUACAAGAGCAACAAGAGAAAAUGAGAAUGAUCCACGAAAAGUUUAAGGAUGAUGUCGGGAACCAUCUUGAAGAUUUCAAGAGUACUAUUGAAGGGCUUGAAGCAAACCACUCAGAGUUGAAAGGAAGCAUAAAGAAGCAAAGAACAUCACACCAAAAACUCAUAGCGCAUUUUGAAGGAGGCAUCGAGACAAAGCUGGAGAAUGCGACAAAAAGAAUCAACUCUGUCAACGAGUCUGCGAGAGGAAAGAUGAUGCAGCUGAAGAUGAUUGUCGCAGAAUGUUUGAAGGAUGAUUGACCCACCCGAGCCUGUCUCACACGUAGUAAGCUCAUCCUCCACUUAAAAAAUUUCGAAACAUACCUUACUUUGAAUAGACGAUUCAUGUCUUGGUAUCCUUUUCUUUGUAACUUUGCACAGAGAACCCAGGUGAUAUAUUCUGUGUAGUGGUCUCAUGACCUCACGUGAUUAGUAGACGCAUUUGCUUCCUCAUUUCAGUGUAUUGAGAGAUACUUUAAUAUGUUCUGUGAACCACUCAAUACAAGAUUAACUAGUUUGCUAAGAUUGGUCCUAACUCCUAAUUAGUAAUAUCAAUAGAUCUCAAUCA